ACAGAAGAAAGAACAUCGUCAAAAAAGAAUGAUUAUCUGAGUGUAAUUUGUGACUGAAACUACAUUGCGAACACAGCAUUACAGAGAUGAGGACCCCUUCCUGGGACAACAGAGGACUUAAGAAAGGCACCUGGACCCCAGAGGAAGAUAGAAAGCUUGUAGCUUAUGUCACUCGAUAUGGCUCUUGGAAUUGGCGCCAACUCCCAAGAUUUGCAGGUCUGGAAAGGUGUGGAAAGAGCUGCAGACUUAGGUGGCUCAAUUAUCUCAGGCCCAACAUAAAAAGAGGAAACUUCACUGACAUAGAAGAAGAAACUAUAAUCAAACUGCACGAAAACCUUGGUAACAAAUGGUCUGUCAUUGCCACUCAUUUACCCGGAAGAACAGAUAACGAAAUAAAGAACCACUGGCACACCACUCUCAAAAAGCGUUUUGGAAAGAAGACAGUUCAAACUGAAACAAAUGUGAAAGCCUCAAAAUCAAACAGUUAUAAAAUCUCUGAUCCUGACCCUUUGUCCACGGAAUUAUCCUCAAGCGAAUUCUCGUCCUCGGAUUAUACCACUCACCAAAAUUUGUUUGUGGAAGAUGGGUUCGAUUUUCUAGAUGCAUACUUAGAGGACAUGAACCACAAUAUUUCGACAGAAUCAUUUCACAUUUCUCAAGUCACAACACAAGCCAAUGGUUCAGACGCUCAGAAAACCAUGGAAUGUGUUCGCCCAGAGUCUCCUCUUUCGUACUAUAAUGAAAAUUCCGUUGUGGAAAAUGACGACUUUGGCUUUCUAGAAGCAAUAGAACCAAUAACUGAACAUUCUUGGACAGAAGCAUUCGUGGCAGAUAUGUCUCUUAUUCCGAACGAAUUACUUGUUCCUUUGGUGAACGAAUCCGAAUCGUACUUUUCUUCUGCGUAUGAUGUGGAAGAUCUCUGGUGUCUGAAAAAUAAUUCUCAUGAUGAUUUAGACGUCAACUUAUUUCAAUGAAUAAAUAAUUAGCUUCUAUUUUUGAAAUAAACGUAAAUAAUUCAGUGUAAGACAACUCUUUUUUUCGUUGCAUACAACCCAGAAAAAUAUCGGUCGUGCAAAAUUGGUGAUCCCGGUUACAACUUUAUAUAUUUUUCUUCCUUUUUACGACAAAUAAAUAACCAAAAUAUUUUGGUCAUUUCCAAAUAUUUGAAUUAGGUCCUUCAAAUAAUUAGUGCUGUAAUAUUUUCAUUAAAUACUUAUAAAUUUCAUGACACGAAGUUAAUUAAUAAUUAGUAGUCUUCUAAUUAGUGAUUGGAUUUGUGCGUGAAAAGUGUGUGAAACAUCUUUCAAGUAAGAAGAAACAAAGUAA